GGUACAGUUUCAGCUAAUUAGAUUACUUUACAAAGUUUGCGUGCCUCAGAUAUUGUGGGUCAAUUAAUGAAACCAAGGUUUUGUUCGGUGAUAGAAUAGAUCGAGUAGUAAAUUUAGCAAUUCUUUGUUAGACGGGGCGACUGGCUCGAGCCGUUACCGCUGUAGCGCUGUCGUAAGUCUUCUGCAGUACCGCGUCAACACCUUGUGAAAUAGUCGUAUCUAAGACUAUAUUAAUUCCCGGCCCGCCUCGGUGGGUUUUGUUUCAUAAAAACUUUGCUACAUAGUGCAAAAACUCAAAGUACCUAAAGAAUUCACGCUGGCUGUAUCCAAACAUAGCAAUGUGGUCAUACCGUUAAUACGACACACUUUUUGUCGAAUGUUGUUUUAACUCUACGAACAGUCAAUACUAAUGAAUUAAUGUUUUGUUUUCUCUUAUUAAUAUUUUAAAUAUGAAGUGGUUGUGUUAUGCUGUAAUAUGCCACUUGUGUUCGCUGGGGUGUCUCGCUAUGUCGCAGAGCGAAAUUGAAGAUUUUAGUAAUUUUCUAAGACAAACAUCAAGCCUGGAUCAAAAUUUAAAAAGUCUACCAGAAGGAGAUUAUGAGGAAGAUGUAUCUCUGGACGACGAUCAUCACGCUUGGGAGAAGAGCGGAAAGUUUGAAGGGGACCUCAUUCUAAACGAACGUCAGAGAAGGAUGAUUGUUAACAACGUCGUGGAAGGACUUGCCCGGAACGGUCUAACUGACAGCACUAAGCGUUGGCCGAAUAACGAAGUGAUUUAUUUUAUACAGCCUGACCACUUUUCCGACGAUCAAGUACGUUCAAUACAAAAUGGUAUCGAAGAUUUGGCGAGAGCGUCGUGUGUUAAAUUCAGACCUUACGUGAAAGGAGACGCUGAUGCGGUAGUCAUACAGGGAAGUAAGCGUGGUUGCUUCUCACAAGUGGGUUACCAAGGGGGUUAUCAAAUUCUCAACUUAUCUCGUCGCCAUCCAGCCGACCGAGGUUGCUUCCGCCUUGGGACUGUAGUCCAUGAACUACUCCAUACUCUUGGCUUCUUCCACAUGCAGAGUAGUCCUGACCGCGACGAGUUCAUUGACGUAUUAUGGGAUAACAUAAUAAGACAGGCUCGGCACAAUUUCCGCAAGUAUGAUUCACUUUCGGUUUCGGAUUUUGGAGUUGGCUACGACUAUGACAGCGUUCUGCAUUAUAGCCGUAAAGCUUUCUCUUCAAAUGGUCAAGACACGCUUGUACCUAAGAAUGGCGCUGAUAUUGGACAGAGAAUCGGUCUUUCGGAAAAGGAUAUUGUUAAAUUGAAUAAAAUGUAUUGCGAUGUAGAUGCAGGCGUUAUAUCUCAAGAUAGUAUUUCAUCGUUCGAUAUGGAGAAGAAAAGGAAAGGUGCUAAAAAUAAACCAUUCGUGGGUCAAGGGCUAGGAUAUCAAAAGGGGAAAACUGUUAUUAUAAAACUACCUAAAGCCGAUGAACAGAACAGUCCCAAAAAUCCCGUACGUGGUUAUUUUAGUGAAACAACGCAGACCAUACACCCAACAUUCAAUCUAGAAACUGGCCCUAAAGAAGACACAAUUUUAUAUGACUAUCAGUUUCCUGGACAUAAUAUAAAUGAAUAUAUGUCACUAUUACCGAAAAAGAAAGAAGACCAAGACGACUAUAAAGAAUUAAAAAUAAUCGAUGCGAAUAAUGACGACAAAAGAAAUUCCUACUUCUCAAACGAAGGCUCAAUAGGUGAAUCAGAUAACAGAGAUGUUUUACGAUUUUCACAAUUACCAGCUGUUCUUCAAGAGGAUAAAGAUGAAGUUGAAGAUUCAGCACGAAUAUAUUAUUAUGGUCAAAGUGACAGUUUGUCACCACAUAGCGUACCUAUUAUAGAAAAGCAACAGAUUAAAGCAAAAAAUGCCAAACAUUUAGCUUACCCUCACUAUGAUACCUUAAAUUUUCAACCCAAUAGAUUCUCUGAAAAGGAUUCAGAUUUUUUAUACGGAAAAUCGAAACAAGAUUCACCUCGAAUUCUUCCUUAUAAUCCAUCAAAUGAGUUUGCUGACAGCGAAUGGCAUUUGAAUGAAAAUUAUAAACCUAAUUUUUAUAUACAAGAAGACGGACAAAUUAAACAUGAUAAAUAUGAUUUACCAAAAAUAGGGUAUAAUUAUGAGUUGUUUCAAUAAAAGCGUAGCGAGCUAGUACCAUAGGUACUAUAAACCAUGUGUCACGAAUGGUUUACAGAAUAUAGAGUCUUCACUUUCUUUUUGCAAUAAAUGUAAAUAACAUUUAAAGCGUUGCAGGAAUUAAAGUGAACCAUAGUGUAAAUAAUGGUUUAAGUGUUUUGUUUUUUCUUAAUGGGAACUAAAGUGAAGAUUACAAAACAUAAUUAGUAUAAUGAGAUACUUACCAGUGUUAAUCAGUAUAAUAUAAGAGUAUCAGCUCUGAUAUCGUUUUGUAUUAAGUCUUGUUUACGUUUCAGUUUAUAUGAAAGACGUGUAUUUUUGUUUUAUUGUAAUAUAUUAUAGAUAUUGUUGUUUUGUUUAUAG